AUGGCGACAGACACAAUGAAGGCCGUCGUGAUUCGCACCAAAGGCGGUCCGGAAGUGCUUAAAGUCGAGGAACGCCCAGUCCCCAAGGCCGAACCUGGUCAGGUCCUCAUUCGCGUCAAAGCGUUUGGCCUCAACCGCUCAGAGAUGUUCACCCGUCAGGGACAUUCUCCUGGUGUUGAUUUCCCCAGAAUUUUAGGCAUCGAAGCUACUGGUAUCGUGGAGCACGCUCCAGGCGGCGAGUUCGAAAAGGGGCAGAUUGUCAUGACCGCCAUGGGUGGAAUGGGCCGUCAGUUUGAUGGCGGAUAUGCUCAGUACACUGUUGUGCCGAUAAAUCAAGUAAAAGCUAUCACGACACCAACAAAGCUUGGAUGGGAUGUUCUUGGGGCCAUGCCUGAAAUGUUUAACACCGCUUAUGGUGCUAUAACAAAGUCGUUGCAGGUGACAAAGGGGGAUCGUUUGCUCAUAAGAGGUGGAACGACGUCAGUCGGCCUCGCUGCGCUGGGGAUUGCCAAGGGGCUUGGUGCACAUGUGGCUACCACAAGUCGACGAGCUGAUAGAGAACAAUUGCUACGCGAAUACGGCGCCGAUGAUUUCUUCGUCGACGACGGCGCCAUUGCAGCGCAGAUCAAAGAUCAAGACAAGAAAUAUAAUAAAGUCCUCGAACUAGUCGGCACAGUCAGCUUGAAGGACUCUCUUCAAUGUGCAUCAAAGGGUGGAAUCGUCAGUCAGGUCGGCAUCGUGGGCAAUCUGUGGACGCUCGACAAUAUGAAUCCGAUGGAGUUUAUCCCGCGAUACGUUCAUUUAACUGUUUUCGGUGGCUGGAUUGAGGAGUUCAUGGACACCCCUUUUGAUGAUAUUAUUCAGCAGGUGGAGGCUGGCAAGCUUAAAAUCAAAGUGGGCAAGGUGUUCCAUAUCGACCAGAUUGCUGAGGCACACCAGUGCAUGGACGAUAAUUUGGCCGAGGGGAAGAUUGUCGUUCUGACGGACUGA